GCAAGACCACACAAAGAAUCCCCCACAGUUAAGGGAGCGGUCCUUGGAGGGCAUGCAGUCUACACUGCCCCUUCCCCCACUCGUUUUAAGGAUGGGGCACCGAACCCACAAAAGGCAAGUGACUUGCCGGGGGUUCUGGGAAUCUCUGUAGAGAAGGAGCUCGGGGCGGCGGUCUUGUGCUGGAGGCCACCGAGGGACCUAUAGCAGAGCUGCGUUUGUUCCUAGGGCGAGCGUGUCCUUGGAGAGGCCUGGAGGAGGCUGAUGGAGGCUGGGGACUGAAUUUGGAUGGACCGACUCCUUCCAGGCUCCCGGGUGCGCGAGGCCCCCAAGCUGAACCUAGAGAUCAAGCAGUUCAGUGCGCUCCAAGACCCUGGUAUCAGAUCCACAAAGAGCGGGAGCUCCUGGGAUCCGAGACCGUGGUCCUGGGACCCGUCCGCGGCCUCCCGGGCUCCACUGACCGGAUGGGGAACAGGUUUACGCAGCCGGAGUCUGCGGGGGUGGAGCGGAGCGUGGGCGGGGCUCAGGGGGUGUGAUCCUGGUGCCAGGUGUGGAUGGUCCUGUCGGAGUCCCCGGCUGCCCCAAGCUCGAACCGGAGAUGUCGGCCAGCAAGCGAGUGGCGAAGGAAUUGGAGGACCUUCUGAAGCAACCUCCCCCCUACCUGCGGCACCUGUCCAGUGAAGAUGCCAAUGUGCUGGUGUGGCACGCGCUCCUCCUGCCUGACCAACCUCCCUACCACCUCAAGGGCUUCAGUCUGCGCAUUGAUUUUCCCAGGGAGUAUCCAUUGAAGCCCCCCACCUUGAGAUUCACCACCAGGAUCUACCACCCCAAUGUGGAUGAGGACGGGAAAGUGUGUCUGCCCCUCAUCAGCAAUGUGAACUGGAAGCCUCAGACCAAAAUCUGCCAAGUCCUGGAGGCUCUCAGUGUGCUGGUGAAUAGACCAAAUCUGGAGGAGCCUGUGCGGGUGGAACUCGCUGACUUGCUGACCAGUAACCCGGAGCUGUUCAGGAAGAAAGCUGAGGAGUUCACCCUCCAGUUCGGAGUGGACCGACCCUCUUAAUUCUGGUUCUGAGCCCUCUCUGCCUAGAUCUUCUGCCUGCUGGAUGACAUCACCUCCUCUGGAGGAUCAUCCUGUGCUGGAGUUUUCUUUCAUAGCUGCUAGUUUGUGGACACGGUGGUGGGGGAAGAUGCCAAAGGGUGGUAUGUGCUCAUUCCUCGGGUCACCUGGCUGCAGGUGUACCCUUCACACACUCUUGGCCUCUUCCAGAACCACAGGAAGUUAGGUUUGCCAUCUGUAAUCACCAUCAAAGCCAGCUAGCAGGAAAAUAAAUCCCUCAGGGACCAGGCAACAAAGGGUAAAGAGAAAAGGGCGGGGAUAUAGGUGGAAGGCAGAGUAUAUAGAAAGUGACAAAUUCACUAUCGAAUGAUGGGAAUUAGCCAAACUUGUAAACAGAUUUAAGCAUUAAACCCUUUAUUUUCCACGGA